AUGGCCGACUACAACCCUGACAUUUCCAACGGCACGUGCUACUACGCAAAUGGAGAAGAAGCUCCCUCGAGGUACAUCCCCUGUGGCAACGAAGCCCUCGGACACAAACCAUGCUGCGAGAGCCUUGAUAUGUGCUUAUCCUCAAAUGCCUGUUACAAUGGACAAUAUGGAGUCACCUAUUUAGCUGGCUGCACUGAUCCGGACUAUCUCGAUUCGAAAUGCCCUGACAAAGGAGACUUCGCAGAUCAGACAUGGGCCGGCUUGGUGUAUUGCAAUGGAACCUCUAACGAAUGGGUUGCCUGCGAAGACAGUGGAAGUACAGUUUCAAGUCCAGCUCCCUGCUGGUGUCCCUUCACGUCUAGAACGGUAGCCUUUACGGAUGCUUCUCGACUUAACGACAUUAUGUCCUUACCCGCAUCACUCGGCGCAAGCGUAUCUUGGAAAGAUGUCUCUGCCUACCAGUCUGAACAUUCCCUCACCUCGACAUCCUCUGCUUCGGAUUCAAGCCACAGCCAAGUCACUACAUCGCUGGCCCCCGCAUCUACUAGCACAUUUGUUAGCAAGACGGCCACCUUCACGUCUUUCGCAAUUCCAAACCCGACGGAAAUUGUGUCCCCAUCUGCGGCCUCCACAGUCGCCAUCUCAGGCUCCGAACUCAGUACCGGCGCAAUGAUAGGAAUCGCACUCGGGUCAUCGGGUGGGAUGGCCGUAAUAUUGCUUUUAGCAUGGCUGGCUUUCAGAUGCAUGCGUCGCAGGGAUUCGGGACUACAUCCGGAACCACCGAUGGUGGGCUUGAAUAGACCGCAGUCAGAAGUUGUUCAAACUGAUUUCGAGAUGCGAAGUCCGCCAUGGUCAAGCCAGAAAUCAGAACUUGCAGCAGAUGAAAACACCGGCGCUUCUCCUUCUUAUGGGUAUCAAGACGAUCGACGGCCGCAGAGCGUGGAAGUUGAAGGCGGUCCAGCUCGAAUUUCUCCUGCAAGACCUACACAUGGUGGUGGCUACAAGUUGCCGGGUCUUGACGGGACGUUCUAUGAGAUGCCUGGAUAG